AUGACAUCGAACGUCAACACCAUGGAACUCGACGCAUCGAACGACUCGAAUGCCCCUCAACAACACGACUACCCUCGCCGCACCGAUCUCCCCGAGACCGACCACAUAACCCUCGACGUAGACGGCCACAAGUAUCGCACCACAAAGUCGAUUCUCAAAAACUGCGAUUACUUCGCCAGUUUGCUUAGCGGUCGAUGGCCCGUUGAUCUGUUGCCCGACGGUUCGCUUCCCGUCGACACGGAUCCCGAGAUCUGGCCAGCAUUAUUCGCCUAUAUCAAGAGACCCACAAUGUAUCCGUUGCUCUGGACGAGGGAAAAGGGCUUUGAUUACGUGGGAUAUAAUAAACUUCUGGCCGAGGCUGACUUCUUCGGCCUCCCGGAGUUGCAGGAAUGGAUCAAGCAGAAAAAGUUUCUGGAGGUUAUUAAGACUGGAUACAAAAUGGAGAUACACCCAGGUCAGCUGAAUCCUAUAAGCAAAAGCUUCGAUAAUCACGCAUGGAUCCAUACAAGUCCUCGUCCCGAAAUAUCCAAUACGAUCCAUGAAACUGAGGUCAGGAGGAGGUUGAUGAUACCGCCUAGUCGAGACCCGUUCCCUUCCAAUGACUUCGAGCUUGUCUCAUGCAUCGAAGCAAAGAUUCCGAGCCAAGGAGAUUACAAGUGUCCCAGCAGGAACCCGGAGCAUGACUUGCCGGAGAAGUGCUGGGACGACAUGGAGUGCGAACUUCCCACUGUAAUGCAGGGCGAGGAGCCUGUGCCUGUCUACGAGCAGUUGCCCACCAGUAUUGUUACCGUGGUCAAGUACACCGAAUACCGUCCGGAACGAUGUAUGAAGGACUACGUUGAUACCAAUGAGGCGAACACUCUUGACGAGGCUUGA